GUUCAAACGAUUCAGAAUGAUGACCCGGAUGAUCCAGAGCAGUUGAAUGAUGCUUGGACAAAAUGCCAAGAACGUCUCAGUGUCAAAUCGAUCACAACAGAUGAUCGGGGCUAUGUGAGCAUGUCUUGGUCUUCGACAGGGUCAGCCUCUGAUGGAAUGUCUAUGUUGGACGACAUUUGGGAGACGAGCCUUCCUGCUUCCAGACCUGGCAAGGCCAAAAGAGGCCAGGCUUCCAUCGAGGAUGGCCCGAAUAGUCCUGAGAGUCGCAAGAGGUCUCGUGGAAACCAGUCCAACUGUAGCGAGAAUACAUCUCAGAAUGACAAUCCGCGUAAGAGGAAUCUUCAAACUGCACAGGCAUCACUGGUGAGAUCUUUGAAUGGCUGCGACACACUCAUCUUGGAAGCAACGCAGGUGCUUGAGAUGGUGGCCGAAGAUGAGACUGCAAUGUCAGUAGGAGUUCUCCAAGUCAACAAGAUUGUGGAAAAGAUGGAAGCCAAAUUGACUCAGCAGUCCAUCGAGGUGCUCACACAGGGCUGGCAAGAAGGACAGCCUGAGAAUCGAGGAACCAAGUGUGUAGGCAAGAUGAAGGACAUGCUUUCUUCUCUGAAGUCGGUUUUGGUUCUGGUGCAAUCCUUGCAAGCCAAAAGCGGAACUGAGGACCAGGGUUGA